GAAACCCAUUAUUAGUUACAAUUAAUAUGUGCUAAUUAAAACAUUUUAAAAAGAAGUUAAUUGACUAAUGACCAAAAAAAAAAAGUCGUCAAAUAACUAAGACUAGAUAAGAACCUAAGGUAGAGUGAGUAGUCAAGCGCAUGGGAAUUACACAAGAAACAGACUGUUACACAUGUACCUUUCACUGAGAUGUGUAUCGGCUAGGGAGAUAAUGAUGUGUCGUUGACUGUGGUGAGUACAAGGGCUGAAAUCUAUCCACACAACAAAGAUAAGUGAAGGCUUUGAAUGGAGCACCAAGCUCUACAGAGGCCAGUGCUUGAGUCCUGGUGGCUUCUGCUAAUUAAUAAACAUUGGCCCAAUGUCUGUCACUUAACAGCCUGGUGACAACAUAGAGGCAACCGCCAGCCACCCUUUCUCCUGCCAGAAGAAGCUAUUUGUAAAAGAGGCUAAAGAGAGAAAGCAAGAGCGUCAUUUCUGUUACAUGAAAUGUGGAAUAAGAUCGUAGGUGCACAUAUAAUUGUGUCCACAUGCAUACAUUCUUGGUAGUGCUGCACACUCGCUAUCUCAGAGUUAGGGAGAUGAGAGCAGGAGGACCUGGAGUUCAAGGCCAGCAUCUGCUGGUUACCAUGGUGAGCUUGAGGCCAGCCUGUCUCAGCACCUUCUCCCCAAAAUGUGUGUCAUCAACCAAUACAUCUUCGGUACCCCUAGCCUAAUAUUCAUAAUACUCCAACUUCCAAAACGUUUUGAGCACCAAUAGGAUGCCAGGAACGGCGAAUCACACGCCUGACCUCAGGCGACAGUAUAAUAAUCAGUAUCUCUCUCCCAGAGCUGGCUAGAUGCAUAGGGACAUUUUAGUUGUUAACUUUCCUUUAAAAAUGCUCCUAAAAUAUCAUUUCCAGCUUGAGGUUUAAACAGUAGCAUUGGAAAUAGAGUGGUGGUGGGAAGGAAGCCUUUGAAAAUUGACUUCUUUAGUCAGUAUGACAGCAAUUGUAUCUUGGUGUAUGUGUGCAUGCGCAUGGGAGUGUGUGUGUGUGUGUGUGUGUGUGUGUGUGUGUGUGUGUGUGUGUAAGAGAGAGAGACAGAAAGACAGAGAGAGUUCCCUAAAAACAGAUCUCCACAGCAUAUAUUUACAAUCAUCUUUUCCAGUUUAGAAGAAUUUCAUAACUUGAAAGUCGCCCUGUGAGAUGCUAGUAGCUUGUCUUACUUGAAGUCAUCUUUGGGUUCACGCACCUCUUUAUAUAUGGUGCUGUGAAAAUGCAUUCCUUCCUUCGGGUUGCUCAGUAUGUAACAUAAAGGCCAGGCACUGAGUGCCUAGGAAAUGCGGAUAUGGAAAUAAAUACUAUAAACCUUAAACUCUCAGAGCUGGACCAGAAUUUAAGGGAAGACUCACAAAAUUUAGAAUGGGAUAUCAAAGUCCUUCAAGGAACAUGCAUGUCAUAUAGUGUAGGGAAUGUGUAAAACUGACUUAAAGUUCCGCUCGAUUUAAAUCAGGUUGCCUGUAUGCAUGGCUUUAUUAGGUGAGGACUCCAUAAGUGAUACUUAUUUACCCUAAAGUAAUAAAUGGAAGAAUUGAAUGAACUAAAAUUCAUCCAUUAUACCCGGCGGCCACCACCAUGGCCAGUGUUCUCGGACUGUCCUUGUUCUUAUGUAUUCUUGGGGUUUGGGUUGUCAGCAUUGCGCUUAGGUCAGAUGGAAGUGUGCUCAGCCGCCUCGCUUUGAGAACUGAAGUAAAAUGCUGAUGGAGAUCGUUUAGGACCGUCUCUCUGCUGUUGAUUGCAUGCUUGUGGCUCAUAAUCAGAGUGAUGCACAGUAAUUGUUGGACUCACUUGCCAGGGCUACAUUUUGUGGUGAUGCAACUGUCAGCACUUUAGGCCCGUUGUUCUGCCUGGAGAGCGCUUGCCUAGCACCCACCGGACCGCUAAGGCAAGACUCUUUGCUGAGUAUCACGGUUUUCCAAAGAAAUUAGACCAAAACUUUCUUCUUGAGAAGAAACCAACCUGCUGUUGGCAGAGGGUAUUUCUCACCUCCCCUGUGAAAGGAAGAAAGACAACAUCAGAGCCUGUGGCCCAGCUGCUGGGGGAAGUUUCCAUGGUGAAGUCUUGGGGAGGCUUCCUGGGAGCAGAGCAUAGUGAAUGCUAAUCCGCAGCUGCUACUGCCAGCCUAGCGAACCCACGGGGAGAUGAUUCCUCAUGAAGGGCCUGGAUCCCCUACAGAAAUCCAAUGUGACUCUCUGUUUAUCAGACUAAAACCAGAGCCAGCCAGCCAGUGAAACAGCCACCGUGGAGGGGGGACGGCGAAAAAUGAAAUCCAACCAAGAGCGGAGCAAUGAAUGCCUGCCUCCCAAGAAACGUGAGAUCCCCGCCACCAGCCGGCCCUCGGAGGAGAAGGCCACUGCUCUGCCCAGCGACAACCACUGCGUGGAGGGUGUGGCGUGGCUCCCCAGCACCCCUGGCAGCCGCGGCCAUGGGGGUGGGCGGCAUGGGCCAGCAGGGACUUCCGGGGAGCUUGGUUUACAAGGAAUGGGUUUACAUAAAGCACUGUCCGCAGGGCUGGACUACUCCCCACCUAGUGCCCCCCGGUCAGUCCCCACAGCCACCACGCUGCCCACGGUGUACCCUCCUCCUCAGUCAGGGACCCCGGUGUCUCCCGUGCAGUACGCCCACCUGUCACACACCUUCCAGUUCAUUGGGUCCUCCCAAUACAGUGGGCCCUACGCUGGCUUUAUCCCCUCCCAGCUAAUCUCCCCAUCAGGCAACCCGGUCACCAGUUCGGUGGCGUCAGCUGCAGGGGCCACCACUCCAUCCCAGCGCUCCCAGCUGGAGGCCUAUUCCACCCUGCUGGCCAACAUGGGCAGUCUGAGCCAGGCACCAGGACACAAGGUUGAGCCUCCACCGCAGCAGCACCUCAGCAGGGCUGCGGGGCUAGUCACCCCGGGGUCCCCUCCACCCACCCAGCAGAACCAGUACAUUCAUAUUUCCAGCUCUCCACAGAGCUCUGGGCGGGCAGCAUCUCCUCCACCCAUCCCGGUCCACCUCCAUCCCCAUCAGACGAUGAUCCCGCACACACUCACCCUGGGGCCCUCGUCCCAGGUGGUCGUGCAAUACAGCGAUGCUGGAGGCCACUUUGUUCCUCGGGAGUCCACCAAAAAAGCAGAAAGCAGCAGGUUGCAGCAGGCUAUGCAGGCCAAGGAGGUCCUGAAUGGGGAGAUGGAGAAGAGCCGGAGGUACGCGGCACCAUCCUCUGUGGAGCUGAGCCUGGGAAAGGCAAGCGGCAAAUCAGUGCCUCAUCCCUAUGAUUCCAGGCAUGUGGUGGUCCACCCAAGCCCAGCAGACUACAGCAGUCGUGACACCUCUGGGGUCCGCGGAUCUGUGAUGGUCCUGCCCAACAGCAACACACCCUCAGCCGACCUGGAGGCGCAGCAGGCCACACAUCGAGAGGCCUCCCCAUCCACCCUCAAUGACAAGAGCGGCCUGCACUUAGGGAAGCCCAGCCACAGAUCCUAUGCACUGUCCCCCCACACGGUCAUUCAGACCACACACAGUGCAUCAGAGCCUCUCCCGGUGGGCCUACCAGCCACGGCCUUCUAUGCGGGGACUCAGCCUCCUGUCAUCGGCUACCUGAGUGGGCAGCAGCAAGCGAUCACCUACGCCGGCAGUCUGCCUCAGCACCUGGUGAUCCCAGGCACCCAGCCUCUGCUCAUCCCGGUGGGCAGCCCUGACAUGGACACACCUGGGGCAGCCUCGGCCAUAGCCACAUCGUCACCCCAGUUUGCUGCCGUGCCUCACACGUUUGUCACCACCGCCCUGCCCAAGAGCGAGAACUUCAACCCUGAGGCCCUGGUCACUCAGGCCGCCUACCCAGCCAUGGUGCAGGCCCAGAUCCACCUGCCAGUGGUACAGUCGGUGGCAUCCCCUGCCACGGCGCCACCCACGCUGCCACCCUAUUUCAUGAAAGGCUCGAUCAUCCAACUGGCCAACGGGGAGCUGAAAAAGGUGGAGGACCUGAAGACGGAGGACUUCAUCCAAAGCGCAGAGAUUAGCAAUGACCUCAAGAUCGACUCCAGCACAGUGGAGAGGAUUGAGGACAGUCACAGCCCCGGUGUGGCCGUGAUACAAUUUGCCGUUGGUGAACAUCGAGCCCAGGUCAGUGUUGAAGUUUUGGUAGAGUAUCCUUUUUUUGUGUUUGGACAGGGCUGGUCGUCCUGCUGUCCCGAGCGAACCAGCCAGCUCUUUGAUCUGCCGUGUUCCAAACUCUCCGUUGGGGACGUCUGCAUCUCGCUCACCCUCAAGAACCUGAAGAAUGGCUCUGUUAAAAAGGGCCAGCCCGUGGACCCUGCCAGUGUCCUGCUGAAACACGCAAAGACCGACAACCUAGCGGGCAGCAGACACAGAUAUGCCGAGCAAGAAAACGGAAUCAACCAGGGAGGCACCCAGGUGCUCUCUGAGAAUGGUGAACUGAAGUUUCCAGAAAAAAUAGGAUUGCCUGCAGCACCUUUCCUCACCAAAAUAGAACCGAGCAAGCCCACAGCACCAAGGAAGAGGAGGUGGUCGGCGCCGGAGACCCGCAAACUGGAGAAGUCGGAGGACGAGCCACCUUUGACUCUUCCCAAGCCUUCGCUCAUUCCUCAGGAGGUUAAAAUCUGCAUCGAAGGCCGAUCUAAUGUGGGCAAGUAGAGACCGUGCCGGCAGCGGAGGCCGGGGGGGCCUCCUUUGCUGUCUGUAUCCAGAUUACUGUACUGUAGGCUAAAUAACACAGUAUUUACAUGUUAUCCUCUUACUUAAGGUUUGAGUUCUAACCUUGUCAUUAGAGUCACACAGGUGUGUCGCAGGAGAAUGGUGCAUUUGCAUUGUCUGCAAGUGUCUGUUGAGGAGCUGGCGGGUGAAGGGUGGUCAGAACCGUGGCUGUGAAGCUCCCGAGGUCCCGGGCAUCCUAGGUGGCCCCGAAUGUGGCUUUCUCAGCACCUGCUUUCUCCAGCAGCACAGAGCCACGGGGCAUCAGUUCUCACUGGUUUUCAAGAGCAAAUUCAGUGGGAAGUGACCUGCAAGGGUGACUGGGUGUGUCCCUGUGAAGGGGUGCAUGGGUGCCAUGGUGGUGAGUGACGGUCUCUCUUUCUCUGCCUCCCUCUCUCCCUUGCUUGCUCACUCUGGGCAUGGGAUUGGGGGACCUGGGUUUCCUACAUGCAAAGUCAUCCAUGGGAACCCAGCUUCAGGGCAUCAUAGGGAGGUAUCAGAUGGCAGAUGGGAAACUAGUUUCAAAGAAUGUGGUUCUCUCCAACAUAUUUUACAAUAAAAAGCAACUUUUAAUCAUAUAUAUAUAUUUCCCCCCAUGGGGCCUGACUGCACUGAGAUUUUUUUUUUUUAAGAGCAGCUGCCACACGUGGGAUUUCAUUUCUGCUUUACCAGUCCAGUGACGUCACCAGGUGUCAUGGUGGGCAGGGAAGUCCUUGCUCAGGUCACUCCUGGUCAGGCAGGUGGCAGUGGGGCUGGGAGACAGAAGGAGUGUCCACACUGGCCACGGCAGUGUUAUGAAAACCAAUCAGGUUAUUUGCAUUGACUUUUGCUCCCAGGAAGAAAACACAGGCUCCCCUCCUGAGAGAGCCAGGCAGCUCUCCGAGCUGAGCCCACAGCUUCUUUCCCGUCUUUUAGAUCUAGUACUGUUUUCUAGUUCAUGACUAUGGACGACUCCGGUGCCGCUUUUUUUUUUUUUUUCCCUUUUUUUCCCUCAAUCCCAGCGUGACGUGAAGAAUUAGAUCUGGAAGACGCACACCUAUUACUAUCUCUUAAGCAGUUAAAAAUGCUGCGCAGACUUGUUAACCAAACGUCUUGGUCUGUCAUUCAACGAGUACUGUAUCUAACUUUAAACUCUUUGGCAAGAAAAGACAAACCUAAGUUGCUUCUGAUUUUUUUUUUUUUUUUUUCCAACACUGUAACUACAUUUCGGCUCUGCAGGAUUGCUCACGUCAUGCGCCAGCAAUCAGAAGCUCCAGUCUGUCUGGUUUAAAGGGAUGAAUGUGAAUUAUGAACUAGUACGUGACAAUAGAUGACCACCAUGCGGGCACUUGUCACUUUGACGUUGGAGAGAGAGUUCAAGGCAUAUGCAGAGUUGGCAGAGAGACUGAGAAAACACAGGGAGAAAAGACACUCAUUUUUGCCCGGUGUUUUUAGGGUGAACUCCUAAAGAACUUUGCGAUUUGCACAUCUUGAGUUUAUAAUUUGUGUGAUAUUCCUGCAGUUUUUAUCCAAUAACAUUGUGGGAAAGGUUUGGGGGGGGGGGUUGAUCGAGCAUAAAUAAAUGUAGCAAAAUUCCUUUCUAACCUGCCUAGACCCUAGGCCACUCUUAGAAGGUUCUGUUCCUUUCCGCUUCAUUUUGUCACCUGCCACAUCUGUCACGAGAAGCCAGAUCUGAGAGUUUCUUCAGAUUCUCUGAGAGUUUUCCAUACAGACAUUUUAUAUAUGUGAGCAAGUGUUUUUUUGUUGCUGUUGUUUCUGGGGGGGAAAAAGUGUUAAUUUUUUUUUUUCAGAGUGACUUUUUUUUUUUUCUAUUUGAAAUCAAACCAAGAUUUAAUAUUUGGUACAAAACCCAGAAAGGGUAUUCCAUAAAGUCACAAGUUUUCAUUCCCAGAGAUUAAAAUAUCAUGUAUGGAGUCUGAGUGUAUCUUAAAGUACUUUAAACCAAGUUUUAUAAAUAAGAGAGACAUUUUUAAAUAUUCUUACUUGGUUGCAACUAACCCAAAUAAGUACUUAUUUGACUUUCCUUUUAACCAUUAAAAAACAGAAAGGACUUCUUCCAUUUCUCAAAUUAGAAAAAGAGACCUCUCCUCCCUCGUACAACCCAGGCGUUGGCUGUACAGUCUCCAUUCACAGUGGCUCUCAUUGUGACUAACGAUUUUGCUCUGGGAUGUACCAAAACCCUUUGAGGAGGUUCAGAAUAGCUGGCCUCCCCCUAAAAUCCAUUACCCUCUCAGCAUGCUAACAGAGCUGGGUGGGCCUGUUCUCGCAGUCACAUUGCUUAUUUAGUGCUGUGGUUUUUUAUUUUCUUUAAUGUUUCUGUUCAGAGACCUUGCUUAAUCUUCCAUAUAUUCUGCUCAGGGCACUUGCACUUAGUAGGUUUUUGUUAUUGUUGUUGUUUUUUUUUUUUUUUUUUUUUUUUAAACCUUUGAUGGUAAGAGGAAUAGGAGGCUGCCACAGAGGUGCUGUGUGCCACUAUUUACACCAGCUCCUGGGAGCUCAGAAAACACAGACACCACUUUCUGGCUUACUUCAAGGACUGAACUGACUGUAUCCACAAAACCAACACUAAACUAGGUAAACACACAGUUCAGAGCAAUAGGAAUAUCAUAACUUUUGUGGUUCUAAUUCAGGUAUAGGAAUUACAAAAAUCAUUGGUUCUUCUAAAGCAUUUGUCCCAUUUCAUUCCCUCACUCUUAGCAUGUGCAAUACUUUGUGUGCCAAUAAUGCUCUAUCUAGUUAAAAUUCAUCCCCUUUUGGCUUCUUCCUUGUUCUGUGAGUCGACCUUCCUUCCCCUUGCUGGCCAGGGAAAGGCCGGGGGGGGGGACGGAGCAAGGAGAGGCAAGCCGCCUUGCUUUCCCCUAAUGUGGAUGCAGAGUACUGGAGUAGGGAGCCUGUGUGUCUGUCACCAGGACACAGAGCCAGCCAUCUGAGGAGCCCGGAGGGAAGCGCCACGAAGGUCCAUCACUCUGCACUCUGGGAAGGCCCUCCGCUCCGCUCUGUAGUGAGCCUGGAAUGCCCUAAGGAGGCAGACAGUUCCUAGGACAUGCUCUGGAGCCACAUGGGCUGCAGUCAACCCAUUUUUCAGUCCCUUCGGUGUCUUGGAGACUUCGAUCUCUGCCUUUGAGCACAAACAACUUACUGCAUAUGUGCGUGUGUUCUGAGCAUGCCCACCAGUGGCUUUGGAGGGGACCACCUGGCCAGCACAGCCACCAUUCCCUGUGACAGCUUUCUCUUCAAACAGGAAGAGCACACGGAGGCAGGAGCCACCUCUGGUUUGCAGACAUUGGUGGGGCCUGAGAGGCUCCUGGAGCAGCUGCGGUCACCCUUCUUCUGUAGGGAGCACAGUGAUGGCUGUGCCAUCUUCAUACAAGGAUGGGCCACGCGCCUCUCUACCUGUCCUCUUGGCAAUAUUUACCAACAGCCGUCUUUCCUUCUCCUUUUUCCUGCUUUCCGUUUUUAAACAAAUAACAGCAGGCCUUUUGCGUUUACAAUGGAACACAAUCACCAAGAAAUUAGUCAGGGCGAAAAGAAAACAUAGUAAUAUUACUAAUAAGAAACCAACAAACAAGAACCUCUCUUUCUAGGGAUUUCUAAAUAUAUAAAAUGACUGUUCCUUAGAAUGUUUAACUUUAGAAUUAUUUCAGUUUGUCUGGGCCACCUUGGGGUCAGCAGGGGUGGGGUAGGGAUUGGGGAGAGAAGGCCAUGGAUGCCACUUACCUCAAAUCUUUUUAAAAGUGGAAAUCCAAAUUGCAAUUUCUUUUGUUUUGUUUUGGACUUGCAGGAUAAUCGUCUAUGUUGGUCACAUUUUGCUUUUCUCAAUUCUUCCAGCUCAGUUUGAGAUGGCCUGAUUUUUGCGGUGGUGGUGGUGGUGGUAACAGAACGUCCUUAACUCUGAAUCCUGACCUUGUAUGUUUUCUGUUAGGUGAGCUUGUUGGGUUCCUCCCCUCCCCUUACCCCAAUCAGGAAGUGGCAGCAUCCUUCCUUCUCCCCUGCAAGGAACUCGGUGGAACCUUUCACACCUCUUACUCAGGGAUGGGGCUGGUGUGUGUGUGGAACACAGACGUGUUCAGCAACAGCACUUUGGACUGCUCUGGAGUAGGGUUGUACAAUUUCAAGGAAUGUUUGGAUUUCCCCGCAUCGUGUGGAUUGCUCCUUAGCUACUGCACAGAUUGCAAUAUAAUGCUGCACGUUCAAGACGAACAGUAGCUCCUAGUGAUCAGAAAAUCCACUCUUUGCACAUAGUUUGAUCUUUACUGAAAUAUGUUGCCAAAAUCUGUUUUUGUCGUAGCUUUGGAUUUUCCUUCCUUCUUCUUUUUUUUUUUUUUAAGGAAACAAUUGACAAUACCCUUUAACAUCUGUGACUACUAAGGAAACCUAUUUUGUAGAUGCUUUUGAAGACACUACCACCUAUUUCAGACAUGGGUGAGGAGGCAGAGCUCUUGGGAUAGAAAGCCAGACUUUUUGAGCUGAGGUGGUUGGCAUGGCAACUGUUUCCUGAGCCACACAAGCAGCUCAACAAACUGGUCCAUUCUCUCCUGGAAACCCUCUGCACUUCCAAUUUCCUAGUCGGCCCCUCUUUGACUCCAGGGGAAUACAGGGCCUCAGUCUCCAGGGCCCAAUCCAGUUUCUUUGGCGGUUGAGAUGAAAGGCAAGAGAAUUAUAUUUUUUUUUAAAAGUGGAGCAAAGGCCUUUGCUUCUACGGUUGUGUUUUGAACCCAGAAUUUCUGAAAUAGAGAAUUUAAAGAAAAAUGGAGUAAUAACUCUAGAGAAUCUACUUUUUUAUAAAGCACAUACGUAUGACCUAUUGUGUUGGGUUGGUUUCUUCCCUUUUCCAUGGACAGUGCUGUGUUUCUGUUCCUAUGGCAACUCCAAACAGUUUGCACAUCUCUACUCUGGAGCUGAGAUUCCUUUCACAUAGAUGACCUCGCUUCAAAUGUUACCUUACUGGUAGGCUUUUUUCUUGUAGCACUAUACCUUGUAGGAAGUUUUUUUGUUUUGUUUUAUUUUCUUUCAAGUACACCUAAUUUGAGCAGCCAAAGGGGGGGGAUUUUUUUUUUGAGGCACUCACUUUGGGGAGUACAGAUAAUUUUUCUUUUUAAAAAUUGCACAAAAGAAAAAUGAAUGUUGAAAUGAUUCAGUGUUUGAAAGAGACAGAUCUGUUGGAACCAUGAGUUUCAUAUUUUGUGUGUAAAAAAAUACAAAACAGGAGGGUUGACAGUUACAUGUUCUGGGGUUUUAUUUUUCUUGUAUAUAGAAAUUUGUUGUCUUGAUGAUCCAAUUUGUAUGGUUAUGGCCUGGAAGAAUUACGACGUCAGAGGCUCUUCAACUAUACUAUAGCUAUGCUUACUGUUCUGUUUUGUUACAUGCGGCUCUUGUGUGAAGGAUGGGAAACUGUAUUCCACUGUUUGAGGAUACUGUCCAUUCCUAGGCCGGAAGUACUUCUCUAAGUUCCCUUCUCAAGCCAUUGCAACUUCUUUUCUUUGGAUGAUGUCUGACAUUUCAGCACUUCCUGUUCCUAUAAACCCAAAGAAUAUAAUCCUGAACAUGAAGUGUUUCUAUAAGGGAUCCUCUUCCCAGUAAGACAGGACUCACGUGGGGACAAAAAAAAGAGAAAGUUGAGCUUUCCUUCUGCCUCCCACCCCCCACCUCAAUUACACGGGGGGGGAAAACAUCACUUUCAGUUUGAAUGACUGGCUUUCAUUUUGAUGUUUCUCAAGUAGAGGCCAGAAGAAGGCAGAGCAGUUGCUCAGAUUGGAUUCCUGUUCAACAGUUGAGCUGGGUGGUUCAAAUUGGACAGUUUAGGGGCAGUAACGGACCCUGGCUUUGAGUCUUAAAUUUGGGUUUGCGUCCCCUCCCUUACUGUGCAAGUUCUGGUAGCUGACAUUCACCUUGACAGAGGCAGAGGGGACAGUGGCUUCAGCGUUUCACCUCCUGACACCUGCCUACAGGAGCUUCACCUGUACUCACAUGAAUUGUGUUUGGCCAAUAGGUAGCAUCUAUACAGUCUACAGGAACCUCCCCAACACUUUUUAUCUGAAAGGACUCAAGUCUUCCACUACAGAUCACUUGGAGACUCCAUCCACUCGUGUUUUCUUGCUCCUUUGCUAUCUGGAUGGCCAAUCUGAAGGCCUGUGUGGGAAGCACUGUUUACAGUAACCAUUACUGAGAUAACACACUGUCCCCUAGACUACCCAGCUGAGGUGACACUGGUUUAGAACUGUUGUCUUGAGAGAUCACUUACCCAGAACGAUGGUGCAUAGGUUUCUCUUGGUUCUUACACGAGCCACCUACUCUGAAGUUAUUCUCUAGACCAAGAGUGGGAUGAACUGUUGAGUCAGUGAGGCGUAACCCUGACAACCCACCAUGGUACUGGUCCUACUCUUUGACUACUGCCCCCUCCCCCACCCGCACUGCUCAAGUGUAAUCCCAGGUGGUGUCAGCUGAAAGGGGGUUGCAGAGGAGUCCUGUCAGUAUUUGUGGUGGCCUUUCAGUAAGACAGUCUUCAUCUCUAACCAGUAGAGUCUUGGCCCUAAAGAACCUGAAAUCUGAACCAGUGAAGAUUUUCACAUCAGGUUCCCAAACCCUCCAAUUUCCAUUUGUAUGCCUCCCACAGGCCAAGGGGAAGCAGACACCAAAACUUGGGCUGAGGGUACUACCAUGUGAAAAACUAGGGGGAAAAAAGUUUUUUGCACCUUAUUGAAAAGAAACUUUAAGUGCAUACAUAGUUAAGAGCUUUUAUUGUGACAGGAGACCUUUUCCAUAUGCGUGCAUACUCUGUAAUUCCAGUGUAAAAUGUUGUACUUGCACUAGCUUUUUUAAAACAAAUAUUAAAAAAAUGGAAGAAUUCAUAUUCUAUUUUCUAAUCGUGGUGUGUCUAUUUGUAGGAUACACUCGAGUCUGUUUAUUGAAUUUUAUGGUCCCUUUCUUUGAUGGUGCUUGCAGGUUUUCUAGGUAGAAAUUAUUUCAUUAUUAUAAUAAAACAAUGUUUGAUUCAAAAUUUGAACAAAAUUGUUUUAAAUAAAUCGUCUGUAUACCAGUACAAGUUUAUUGUAUAAUACUCGUACUAAUAAUAAAAUAACAGUGCCAAUUGCAAA